CCGAAGACAUCACAUGUUAUGUCACGUGAUUGCGUUGCGCCCGCCUUCUCUAUGUCGGACUCCGGGCUGGGUGCCUGUGGUGCAGCUGAUUGGGGUGUGGAAGUGUUGGAAGAAACAUGGCGGCGCACAGAGGUGAUCUGGUGAGGUGCAGAAUCUAAAUUUCAGUACCUGCAAAGGAGAGCGCCCUGGAGCGCAAACAUGGAGACGGAAGAGGAGCAGCACAUGACCACGCUAUUAUGCAUGGGGUUUUCUGAUCCUGGCGCUAUCCGUAAGGCCCUGCGCUUGGCUAAAAAUGACAUAAACGAGGCGGUGGCUCUGCUGACCAACGAGAGGCCCGGGCUGGACUAUGGCUAUGAGCCUAUGGACAGUGGAAGUAGAGGCACAAGUGACAGUGGCAGUCGCGGCAGUGGAGGCUUUGAUCCUCCCCCAGCCUACCAUGAGGUUGUGGAGCCAGAGAAAAAUGACGAAAAUGGAAAUUGCUCAGGAGAAAAUAUUGAAUUUCCCACCACUAAUCUUUAUGAACUUGAAAGUCGUGUUCUCACUGAUCAUUGGUCCAUACCAUACAAAAGAGAAGAAUCACUUGGAAAAUGUUUGAUAGCUUCCACUUACUUGGCAAAACUUGGUAUUUCAGAUUCUGAUGAAAACUGCAAAAGAUUUAUGGAUAGAUGUAUGCCAGAAGCUUUUAAAAAGUUGUUAACAUCAAGUGCUGUACAUAAAUGGGGCACAGAGAUUCAUGAGGGAAUCUACAACAUGCUGAUGUUACUGGUUGACUUGGUUGCUGAAAGAAUAAAGCAAGAGACAAUUCCUACUGGUCUUCUGGGUGUUCUUACCAUGGCUUUUAACCCUGACAACGAAUACCAUUUCAAGAAUAGAAUGAAAAUGUGUCAGAAAAACUGGGCUGAUAUAUUCGGAGAUGGAAAUACAUAUGCUGUAUCACCACCAAGCAGUAUGCAAAAGGAACCUCAUGGUUGGCUUGUUGAUUUAGUAAACAGGUUUGGAGAGUUAGGUGGAUUUUCUGCAAUUCAGGCUAAACUAAAUUCUGAAGAUAUUGAACUUGGGGCUGUAUCAGCACUGGUUCAACCAUUGGGUGUAUGUGCAGAAUACCUCAAUUCCUCUACUGUACAGCCUAUGCUGGAUCGUGUAAUACACAAAAUGAUUAAGUAUGUACAGAGCGUGGAAGAGAAGGACCUCAAGGACAAGAGGUUGGUUAGUAUCCCAGAACUUCUUUCUGCCAUCAAAUUACUAUGCAUGCGCUUCCAGCCUGACCUAGUCACAGUAGUUGAUGACCUGCGACUGGAUAUUUUGCUCCGCAUGCUGAAGUCUCCACAUUUCAGUGCAAAAAUGAAUUCGCUAAAAGAAGUAACGAAACUGAUCGAAGACAGCACUCUUUCAAAAUCUGUAAAGAAUGCUAUAGAUACUGACCGACUACUGGAUUGGCUUGUAGAAAAUUCUGUCCUUUCAAUAGCAUUAGAAGGAAACAUAGACCAAGCACAGUACUGUGACCGGAUAAAGGGAAUUAUUGAACUGCUUGGCAGUAAAUUAUCUUUGGAUGAACUUUCUAAAAUAUGGAAGAUACAGUCUGGUCAGUCUUCUACUGUGAUAGAAAAUAUCCAUACCAUUAUUGCUGCUGCUGCUGUAAAGUUUAACUCUGAUCAACUCAAUCAUCUUUUUGUGCUCAUUCAAAAGUGCUGGGAAACCGAGAGUGAUAGAGUUCGACAAAAACUAUUAAGUCUCAUUGGUCGCAUCGGUCGUGAAGCCCGCAAUGAAACCACCACGGCAAAGGUUUUGGAAGUGCUCUGGGAAUUGGCUCAUCUGCCAACAUUGCAAUCCAGUUUAAUUCAACAAGCCUUAGACGAGCACUUAGCAAUUCUUUGUGAUGCUUAUGCAGUGAAAGAGACCAUAAAGAAAAGUUACAUUAUAAAAUGCAUCGAGGACAUCAAAAAGUCAUCCCAACAUAAUAAUCCACAAAUUGUGUGGGUAGUUCCAGCCUUACGGCAGCUACAUGAAAUCACUCGAUCUUUUAAUAAGCAAACUUAUCAAAAGCAAGACAAGAGCAUCAUCCAAGAUCUUAAGAAGAAUUUUGAGAUUGUCAAACUGGUGACAGCAAGCUUAGUGGCCUGCCAUCGAUUGGCAGUGAAUGCUGUGGGUCCUGGAGGGCUUUCUGGAUCCACUUUGGUUGACGGCAGAUACACUUACCGGGAGUAUUUGGAGGCACACCUGAAAUUCCUGGCAUUUUUCCUGCAAGAAGCCACACUUUAUCUUGGUUGGAGUCGUGCAAAAGAGAUCUGGGAAUGUCUUGUUACUGGACAUGAUGUCUGUGAGCUUGACCGUGAAAUGUGUUUUGAAUGGUUUACAAAGGGACAACAUGACCUGGAGAGUGAUGUCCAGCAACAACUUUUUAAAGAGAAAAUUUUGAAACUGGAAUCAUAUGAAAUAACAAUGAAUGGAUUCAAUUUGUUUAAGACCUUUUUUGAAAAUGUUAAUCUUUGUGACCAUCGCUUAAAACGACAAGGUACACAGUUGCUUGUGGAAAAACUGGAAUUAAUUGGUAUGGAUUUUAUUUGGAAGAUUGCUGUUGAAUCUCCAGAUGAAGAAAUAGCAAAUGAAGCUAUUCAACUGAUAAUAAAUUAUAGUUACAUUAAUCUCAAUCCUAGACUGAAGAAAGAUUCAGUUCCAUUGCACAAGAAGUUCAUUGCUGAUUGCUACACAAGGUUAGAGGCAGCCAGUUCUGCUCUUGGUGGACCUACACUGACACACGCAGUCACAAGAGCAACAAAGAUGCUAACCGCAACUGCCAUGCCUUCUGUAGCAACGUCAGUCCAGUCCCCUUACAGGUCUACAAAAUUAGUGAUAAUUGAAAGACUUCUGUUGCUUGCAGAACGCUAUGUGAUAACAAUAGAGGAUCUUUACUCGGUGCCUCGAACGAUACUACCUCACGGUGCCUCUUUUCAUGGACAUCUUUUAACGCUGAAUCUUACUUAUGAGUCUACCAAAGAUACUUUCUCCUUAGAGGCUCACAGCAAUGAAACCAUAGGGAGUGUACGGUGGAAGAUUGCAAGACAUCUCAACUGCCCUUUUGAAAAUGUACAGAUAUUUGCAAAUGAGAGCUUGUUAACUGUAAAUAAAGACCAGAAGCUACUACAUCAGUUGGGUUUUUCCGAUGAACAAGCACUCACUGUGAAGACAUUAGGAGGUGGAACUCCCUCUGGAAGUUCUACAGAUGCUUCUUGCAGUUCAGGCACUAGUAGUGGCGUCUUUAGCUCAUCUUAUGCUAUGGACCAGGAAAAAUCCCUACCAGGAGUAGUGAUGGCACUUGUUUGCAAUGUAUUUGAUAUGCUCUACCAGCUUGCCAACAUAGAGGAACCAAGGAUAACUGUGAGAGUCAGAAAGCUUCUUUUACUGAUUCCAACAGACCCUGCUGUUCAGGAAGCUCUUGACCAGCUAGACUCCCUUGGCAGAAAGAAUACCCUACUUUCAGAAACCCAAACUUCACAGUCUUCAAAAUCUCCAUCUUUGUCUUCAAAGCAACACCACCAGCCAAGUGCCAGCUCUAUCCUGGAGAGCUUGUUCAGGUCAUCAGCUCCAGGGAUGUCUACCUUUAGGGUGCUUUAUAAUUUGGAGGUCUUGAGUUCCAAACUGAUGCCAACUGCUGAUGAUGAAAUGGCUAGAAAUUGUGCCAAGUCAUUCUGUGAAAACUUUCUAAAAGCUGGUGGGCUUAGUUUGGUGGUUAAUGUCAUGCAGAGGGACUCUAUUCCUUCAGAAGUGGAUUAUGAAACUAGACAAGGAGUCUACUCCAUCUGUCUUCAGCUUGCAAGAUUUUUAUUGGUUGGCCAAACUAUGCCGACAACUUUAGACGAGGAUCUGAAUAAAGAUGGCAUUGAGAGCCUUUCUUCCAGACCUUUCCGCAAUGCAAGUCUUCAGUCUAGCCGUCAAAUGUCUCUUUGUGGGACACCUGAGAAAUCAUCCUAUCGCCAGCUUUCUGUUUCUGACCGGUCAUCCAUCAGAGUAGAAGAAAUUAUUCCUGCAGCUCGUGUUGCUAUUCAGACAAUGGAAGUAAAUGAUUUCACGUGCACAGUGGCAUGCUUUAUGAGGCUUUCUUGGGCAGCGGCUGCUGGAAGACUGGAUCUUGUUGGCAGUAACCAACCUAUAAAAGAAAGUAACACAUUGUUUCCUGCUGGGCUGCGCAGCAGAUUAAGUAGCUCAGGAAGCAACUGUAGUUCAGGAAGUGAAGGAGAAUCCACAUCGCUGCAUGCCUGGAUCUGUGUAAGGCAACAGUCUGUAUCAACCAAAGAUGCUAUAAUUUCUGGUGAAGCAUUGUCUCUUCUGGUUACAUGCCUGCAGCUGCGCAGUCAGCAGUUGGCAUCGUUUUACAACUUGCCUUCUGUUGCUGAUUUCACCAUUGAUAUCCUUCUUGGAUCUCCAAGUGCUGAGAUUCGUCGUGUUGCCUGUGACCAGCUGUAUACUCUUAGUCAGACAGACACAUCUUCUUACCCUGAAGUACAAAAGCCAAACCUUUUUCUGCUUAGUGUCAUCCUAUCUGCACAGCUACCUCUCUGGUCUCCAACAAGCAUAAUGAGAGGCAUUAACCAGAGAUUGUUAGCACAGUGUACAGAAUAUUUUGAUUUGAGAUGCCAACUCCUAGAUGACUUAACCUGUUUAGAAAUGGAACAGCUUAAUAUCAGUCCUGCAACAAUGCUGGAGGAUGAAAUCACAUGGCUGGAUAAUUUUGAACCUAAUCGUACAGCAGAAUGUGAAACAAGUGAAGCUGACAAUGUUUGGCUAGCAGGGCACCUUAGGCUUAUCAAGACUCUCCUCUCGCUGUGCGGCGCCGAAAAGGAAAUGCUUGGUCCUUCACUUAUUAAGCAACUCUUGGAUGAUUUCCUCUUUCGAGCUUCAAGAAUAAUUCUGAAUAGCCAUUCUCCAGCAGGCAGUGCUGCAAUAAGUCAGCAAGACUUUCACCCAAAGUGCAGUACAAUGAGCAGUCGACUUGCUGCUUAUGAGGUCCUUGUAAUGCUGGCUGAGAGUUCUCUUGCUAACCUCCAGCUAAUUACAAAAGAGCUCCUUUCCAUGCAUCAUCAGCCUGACCCAGCACUUACCAAGGAGUUUGAUUAUCUCCCACCUGUUGACAGCAGAUCUAAUUCAGGUUUUGUUGGCCUGAAAAAUGGAGGUGCAACCUGUUACAUGAAUGCAGUGUUCCAGCAGUUGUAUAUGCAACCUGGUCUUCCUGAGGCUUUGCUUUCCAUGGAAGGUGACACCGAUAAUCCAGAUGAGAGUGUAUUUUAUCAAGUCCAAUCAUUGUUUGGUCAUUUGAUGGAAAGUAAACUACAGUACUAUAUACCAGAGAACUUCUGGAAGAUCUUCAAGAUGUGGAAUAAGGAAUUGUAUGUACGAGAGCAGCAAGAUGCCUAUGAAUUUUUCACCAGCCUUAUUGAUCAGAUGGAUGAAUAUCUUAAGAAAAUGGGUCGAGAGCAAAUAUUUAAGAACACUUUCCAAGGCAUCUAUUCUGACCAGAAAAUAUGUAAAGAUUGUCCCCACAGAUAUGAGAGGGAAGAAGCAUUUAUGGCUUUAAAUUUAGGAGUCACAUCCUGUCAAAGCUUAGAGAUCUCAUUGGAUCAGUUUGUGAGGGGAGAAAUUCUUGAAGGAAGCAAUGCAUAUUACUGUGAGAAAUGCAAAGACAAGAGAACCACAGUUAAGAGGACUUGCAUCAAGGCUCUGCCAAGUGUCUUAGUCAUACAUCUAAUGAGAUUUGGAUUUGAUUGGGAAAGUGGGCGUUCCAUUAAGUAUGAUGAGCAGAUUAAGUUUCCAUGGAUGCUGAACAUGGAACCAUACACUGUAGCUGGAAUGGCCCGACAAGAUUCUUCCUGUGAAGUUGGUGAAAAUGGGAGACAUGUUGAUCCAGGAGGAGGAUCUCCACGGAAGAAAGUGGCUCCAACAGAAAACUAUGAACUAGUUGGAGUCAUAGUGCACAGUGGUCAGGCACACGCAGGACAUUAUUAUUCAUUUAUUAAAGACAGAAGGGGUUCAGGUAAAGGAAAAUGGUACAAGUUUAAUGACACCGUUGUGGAAGAAUUUGAUCUUAAUGAUGAGACCAUAGAAUAUGAGUGUUUUGGUGGAGAAUACAGACCCAAGGUUUAUGACCAGUCCAAUCCUUAUCCUGAUGUUCGUCGCCGAUAUUGGAAUGCCUACAUGCUGUUCUAUCAAAGAGUAUCUGACCAGAACUCUCCUGUGUUACCAAAGAAAAGCCGAGUCAGUGUUGUGAGACAAGAAGCAGAAGAUCUCUCGCUAUCUGCACCAUCCUCUCCAGAUAUCUCACCCCAAUCCUCACCUCGUCCACACAGGCCAAAUGACCGUCUUUCCAUCUUAACUAAAUUGGUGAGGAAAGGGGAGAAAAAGGGCCUGUUUUUAGAGAAGAUACCACUUAGGAUAUACCAGACGGUCAGAGAUGAGAACCUCAAGUUUAUGAAGAACAGAGAUGUUUACAACAGUGAUUACUUCAGUUUCGUUCUUUCUUUGGCAUCAGUAAAUGCUACUAAACUAAAGCAUCCACUGUAUCAGCCCAUGGCGAAAGUUAGUACCCAGCUUGCAAUUCAGUUCCUUUUCCACACCUACCUGCGAACAAAACGAAAACUCAGGGUUGAUACUGAGGAAUGGAUAGCUACCAUUGAUGCCUUGGUUUCCAAAAGCUGUGAAGCAUGUCAGUGGCUUGUGGAAUAUUUUGUUUGCUCGGAAGGCAAAGAACUCGUAAAAAUUUUCCUGCUUGAGAGCUGCAUAAGAGAAGUGAGAGCUGCUGUGGCCACAGUCUUAGAAAAAACUUUAGAUGGAGCAUUGUUUCAUAGUGAUAAGGUGAAAGGUGUUCAUUUGCUGCUUGAGAUGCUUCUUAGCCUUUUGGAUAAAGAUGUUCCAGAAAGCUGUAAAAAUUGUGCUCAGUAUUUUUAUCUCUUCAGCAACUUUGUGCAGAAGCAGGGUUCACGUGCAGUUGACCUGCUGUUAAAGUACUCUGCUCUGAAGCAUUUUAUUAACUUCUUACUUGGUCCAAAUAAGCAAAAUAACCAGAACCGUCGGUGGAGCUCUCCCCAAGCUCGAGAAUUUGGAUACCUGCACAGCACCAUCGCUUUACUUGUUCUAUAUUCAGAUGUUUCUUCCCAUAGAACAGUUGCUCCUGGUGUCUUCAAACUGCAUGCUCCUGUAAAUACAUUUGGAUCUCCUCUGCCACUCCAUGCAGAAGUGGAGGCCUUGAUGUUUAUGCCAGAAGGGAAGCCUUAUUUGCUUGAGGUCAUGUUUGCCCUGCGAGAGCUUCCUGGUUCCCUCACUGUGCUCAUUGAUAUGGUGGUUUACUGCUGUUUCUGCAACGAGCGCUUCUCUCUCACUGUGCUUCAUUUUAUUAAGAACCAGCUUGAAACUGCUCCUCCACAUGAAUUAAAAAACGUCUUUACUCUUCUAUAUGAGAUACUGAUUAUUGAAGAUCCCUUGCAGUUACAGAGAUUGCAAUUUACCUUUGAGUCUGAUGGGUUGUUGGCACUGAUGCAUCACAGCAACCAUGUGGACAGUAGCCGAUGCUAUCAAUGCGUGAAAUUUCUUGUUACCCUGGCUCAAAAGUGUCCUGCUGCUAAAGAGUAUUUCAAAGACAAUUCUCACCAUUGGAGCUGGGCUGUACAGUGGUUACAGAAAAAGAUGUCAGAGCAUUGCUGGGCGCCACAAAGUAACAUCUCCAAUGAGACAUCCACUGCUAAAACCUUCCAGCGUACAGUUUCUGCACAGGAUACCUUGGCAUAUGCCACAGCCUUGUUGAAUGAGAAAGAUCAGUCAGGAAGCAGCAAUGGGUCAGAAAGCAGCCCGGCCAAUGAAAAUGGAGAUAGGAGCAUGCAGCAGGGUCCGGAUUCGCCCAUGAUAAUCGGAGAGACUAAAAGUGACUUUGAUGAUGUUGAUCCUUAAAUAUAGUCUUGGGGUGCAGAAUUAAAAACGUGUGCUGUGAAAUGAUCGCACUUUGGGAACUCUGUAUAAAUUUGGUUUCAUGAGAGUCCCAGGCAACUAUUUAUAGACUGUUUCUUGCACAAUAAAUGAUUCCAUUUGCAGCCAAGGUCAUUUUUUUAGAACUCACUGCAAAGAGGACACUUUGUCAUUUUGGCAUGGUUUGACAGUAAAACCAUGCACACAGUUUAUUUUUUCAAGAUUUUAUUGGAGAGCAAACCUAGCAAGUGGUUCAACUUUGUUUUUUGUUUUUUUUAAAGUAUGUGAAAAUUAAAUGAGUGAAUGUAAAAUUUAUGCUUUUUCUGUAAUGCUGCAACAAGAUUUCUUUUGAUUUUAUACAAAAAGAAAAAGAAAAGGCAGAUCUUAACUGCAUUUAGGUUCUUAGGGCCACUUUUUAAUCUUUGGAUAUUACUUAGGAAUCUUCAAAAUGAUGUAAAGAUAUGUUCAAGAGACUUACAUAAUUGCCUUGUAAAAAAUUAUUA